AUGGCAGGCAGCCAGAGCAACUCUGGCGAUACAGACGCUGAUGUUCAAGAGCAACUACUCAACUAUCCAUCCGAACGCAAUACAAGCAAGCGCGCAGAAACUAUAUCCCCAGGAGCGAAGUUUACUGCUGAACACCUUAUGCGACACUGUCCAUACACAGUCACGUUUGACUAUAUCAACCCAUCUCUCUGGGGUGUACCCGCACCAGAGGAUGCAGACGAGACGCACGCAACAACCUGGGUCGCGAAGGCUAUCCACGACUACCAUGUAGGAAUGGAAUGGGAUGAGAGACUAUACUUCGACUACCAAUGGGACUUUGAAGGAUGGACACGAGAGCUAUUCCAGAAGGUUGAGCGCACUACGCUAAGAUCUCUGAAGACUGUGCUCCGGUAUAGGGGAGUCUAUACAGGCAAAUUUCGGGCUAGAGUAGCUGAUUCCCUCUUCAACUUACUAGGAGGAGAAAACGCUCCCGAAUGGGACCCUGCAGAGUUCAAGGCCGAGAAGUUUGACGAACGUUCUGAGGCGUACCAGCGUCAGCAGAACGCACAUCUAGCAGCCCCUAUAGAUAGACAAGCGCAGCAGCCACUGCAACAGACGCAGCCACUGGAACCGCUACAGCCGCAGCCACAACGUCCGUCACAGGGCGAGCAGUAUAGAGUGAGACAAGGCGUUCGAAGCCACCCGCAAUAUCAAGAGCUACAACAACCGCCCUACGCGAUCAAUGCCUAUGCAGGACCACAGCCUCGACAAACGGAGCAGGCUAUGCAACCACAACAAUGGUACCCGCAGACACAGACACGACCCCCAGCGACCGCAUACCGCGAGGUGACACCUUUCCCUCAGCAACCUACAAACCGAGUACCUGACAGACCCCUUGGCCUACCACAUGACCCGUACAAGACGCUACCGCCGCGAUGGUCUCGCAACGAUCGGCUCGAAGCCAAUACGAUCACGCAGUUCUCUAAGCUAUGGGACAAUAGCAACAAGUAUACAGGGAAUGCGUACGAUCUCCUAGACGAUAAAGUUAAGAUCUUCUUCAGCAUCUGCUGGCAGGUAGAUAUCCAGGAGGAGCAGUUUCACGCAGUGUUUCCCCGUAUCCUUACCGGGCGUGCAGAGACGUUCUACAUACAGGUUGUAGAGAGAGAUGAUAGCUUUGCUGAUGCGUACAUGGCAAUCAAAAACCACUUCGACCAUGACGUCCAUCACCAGCACUACUACACAGACUGGACGACUACAACCUUCGCUCGCACCCGCGCAGAGAACCCUGAUAAGGGACUACACGAGGUUCUGCAGAUCCUGCUUGACAAGCUGCAGCUAUGCCAGCGUGCCCUUGGCAAGAACUUUGAGGGUGAGGAUGCCCUCCGCACUACGGUCAUCAAUGCCUGCCGAGGAGUACCAGAACUUGAGAUGGCACUGUUCAAGCCAGCCACAAUCUGUGAAGGACUCUUCUCAGAUCUACGAUCCGCAGUGGAAACACACCUAGCAUGGCAACACACCGCCCAGUUGGUCACAGAAGAUCAAUACUACCUAGACCGCCGAUACAACGGCAAUGGAAGGAUCCGAGGUGGAUCUCGAGGUGGAGGAGGAUUCAGAGGCGGAUCCAGAGGAGCAUACCGAGGAGGCGAGCAGCGCGACGACAACGGACGAGGAUUCAAGCCACGUUGGAGGAAGAAAUGCUUUGUUUGCCGGAAGGAAGGAUGCUGGUCUACCAACCACACAGAUAAAGAGCGCAAAGAUGCCCGUGCGCAGUUCUUCUCUACGCUAUACUUUACAGGUGCACAGCCCCCUGAGGACUUCUCCGUACAUCUUGCAGAAUACGAAGGGAUCGAGCACACCAGCCAGUACAAUCAGAGAGGCUGGAGAGAGGAGGAAGACUGCGAGGAUGACGAGGAUGACGACGUCGCGGAAGCACAUUCUGAACACCAGUUCUUCAAGGAGCAAUGCCUUGCAGACCAGGCGUUCUUGCAUCAUAUCUCGGGCGACGACAUAUACAGCCGAGACGCGCCGUCAGCACCAGCAUCGCAGUUCCUGCUUGAGGACCGCUACACACGAUCUGUGUACCAAGGAAUCCUACCAGAUACAGGCGCUGCAAACGUAUCCACGGUCGGCAAGGAGCAAUACCUCGCACUUACGAGAGAAGAUCCGACGGUUAAGUUAGACACAUCUACAGCAGGGAAAGCGUCUAUUAAAUUCGGAAAAGGCGAGGCUACAGCGUCGAUUGGCACCGUGCAGGUCUCUACGGAGAUCGGAAAAAUCAACUUCGAAGUGCUCGAGGCGCCUACGCCGUUCUUGCUAUGCCUUGCAGACAUGGACCGCUUAAAGGUAUACUUCAACAAUACGACAGACGAGCUGGUUCAGGAUGACGUACACAUCCCGGUGAUUCGCAAAUGGGGACAUCCUUGGUUCCAUCUAAACAAGAGAGAGAGAGCAACUAUGUUCCUAACGGAGACAGAAUUGCGACGGCUCCAUCGACGGUUUGGACACCCAGCUGUUACGCGACUAGUCAAACUCUUAAAGGAUGCUGGCCAUAACGACUUCGAAGAAAGAACCCUAGAAGAAGUCACUAAGUUCUGCCACCACUGCCAGCUCCACAGCUCCGCGCCGCGCCGAUUCAAAUUCACUCUUAAGGAUGAUCACCACUUCAACUAUGAGAUCCUGGUGGACGUAAUGUACCUAAGCAACAAACCUGUACUGCAUGUGGUCGAUUCCUCAACAGCGUUUCAAGGCGCGAGGUUCCUCAGCGCUAUCUCAGCUAAAGAAACAUGGCAAGCACUGCGGAUACUAUGGAUCGACACCUACCAGGGACCACCCGACAUCAUCACGCAUGAUGCAGGUACUAACUUCGCGAGCGCAGAGUUCCGCGCAGAAGCAAAGAUCAUGGGAGUCACAUGCAAGCAAGUACCUACGGAGGCGCACUGGUCUAUCGGCAAAACUGAGAGGUACCAUGCCCCUCUACGCCGGGCAUGGGACAUACUCCAUGCAGAACUCACUGACACUAUGUCCGACGACGCGAUUCUCCAGAUGGCUGUGAAGGCUGUUAACGAUACUGCUGGCCCUGAUGGACUAGUCCCGACGUUACUAGUCUUUGGAGCGUACCCACGAAUGACUGCAGAGUCACCGCCAUCACCAUCAAUGGUCAAACGCAGCGAGGCUAUUCAAAAGGCGACGAAAGCCCUGCGCAAGCUCACUGCAGAGCGCCAAGUUGCAGACGCCUUGAACACCCGCAAUGGACCAGCCACUGCAGACAUGCUCGCGCUCCCACUCCAGAGCGAAGUCUUAGUAUGGAGAGAGAGUGAUGGCUGGAAUGGCCCGUACAAGAUCGCCAGUACAGAUGGCCACAACAUCACUGUCGACAUGGUUAAUGGUCCAGCGACAUUCAGAUCAACUGUCGUUAAGCCAUACUACAGACCAGACCACCUGUGGAGCGACCCUGAUGCGCCACACGCGCCGAAUGAGCCGAAUGAGCCGCACGAGCCGAUAGCAGUACCUCCGGCAGCGCAACCACGUAGAAGAGGCCGCCCUCCAGGGUCAAAGAACAAGCGGAAGGCGCACGCGUACAUCACCAAGAAGGAGCAGGACGAUCUUGAGCUAGCUAUCAAGCUACGGAACGAUGGCGUGAUCACAACCUCAGGCGCCCCCUUUGAAGCGUCUGAUGACCAAGAGAUCAGCGACCUAGUAGGUCGUGGAGUCUUCAAGUUUGAGCAAUACGACGAGAGGCUACACAGCAAGAUCCGGAUCUUUAAGUCACGCCUAGUACGUGAGGUCAAGGGAAAGACAACUAAGCCUUAUGAGAAAUCCCGUCUGGUUAUCCAAGGCUACCAAGACUAUGGCAAGGAGGCUAUCUUAACGCAGUCGCCAACCAUCCAGCGAUGUAGCCAGCGCCUGAUUAUGUCGCUGGCGCCUGGGCUAGUACAAAGCGGCAUGAGCGUUGAGCUACGUGAUAUUACGCAGGCAUACCCACAGGCUCAGACAACACUGAAGAGGACGAUACUCGCACACCUCCCUACCGAGCUGGUACAUCGAUAUCCAGAAGGCACGAUACUCCACGUGAUCAAGCCACUAUAUGGGAUCGCGGAGGCAGGAGUCCACUGGUGGACAACAUAUCACGGACACCACUGCAAGGAACUAGAUAUGUCAACAUCUACGUACGACCCAUGCCUGUUGAUCACGAACAGCGACGACGCAGACGUCUUCGGCAUCGUCGGUAUGCAGACAGACGACACCCUCAUGCUCAGAACGACCGCGUUCUUAUCACGCGAAGAGAAAAAGAUCCAGAAGGCGCAGUUUAGAUCAAAACCAAAGGCUAUGCUGACACCAGAGGUGCAGUUAGACUUUAAUGGAUGUACACUUACGAUGGACGCCAGCAGAGUCUUAAUCCUCAGGCAGAAAGGACAAGGAGGAAGGAUCAGGCUUGUUGAUAUUAGGGCACCCGACCGCGCGCAACAGUACACCGAGCAACGCGCCCGCGGAGCGUACAUCGCAUCAACAUGCCAACCAGAGGCAUCAUUUGAUCUGUCCGUAGCUGCUCAAGCGCAGCAACCAUCAGACGAGGACAUUAAGGCACUCAACAAGCGCCUGAAAUGGCAGAUGGAGAAUCUCACUCGUGGCCUACGCUACGUCACUGUCAACCUUACGGAGGCUAAGUUGAUAGUCUUUGUAGACGGCUCCUUUGCCAACAACAAGGACCUCAGCUCACAGCUAGGCUUUGUCCUCAUGCUCGUCAACGAGUCCAUUGGCGCCAACACCUUCACAAUACAAGGCAACGUGAUCCACUACAGCUCUACAAAGUGCAAGCGCAUCACACGGAGCGUACUGGCCUCAGAGAUCUACGGCAUGGUCAACGGCUUUGACAUAGGCAUCGCGGUUGCAACCACGCUAAGGAUAGUUACAGAACGACUUGGACUACCUGCAAUUCCCUUGGUUAUCUGUACAGACUCGUACUCCUUGUACGAGUGCCUAGUAAAGCUUGGGACAACGAAGGAGAAGCGCCUCAUGAUCGAUAUUAUGGCGCUGCGCCAAUCAUAUGAGCGUCGCGAGAUCACGGAGAUCCGCUGGAUCAAUGGCGAAGACAAUCCUGCAGACGCCUUCACGAAGGCAUCGCCAAACCGCGCUCUUGAACGCUUUAUUGACGGCAAUAAGCUGACAGUCCGAGUAGAUGGAUGGGUGCAGAGGCCAACAAGCUUUGAUGUUUAAUGCUAUACACUGUCACUACCGAUACAAGCAGAGUUACUAGCUAUCCAGAAAGAAAAGACUUCCAGUGUCGGAUCGUGAGUAUCGGUAGAGACGUCGGCUGCUGGACACUUCGGCCCGACUUCGGCCCACCUUGCGCAAGAGCUUAGGUAUACCUUCGUAGCACCUAUGUUCGUAGAUAUCAAUUAGAACCACCGAACAGAAUGCAUUCC